AUGGCCACCAUGUUGUCCCGGGCGAUUGUCCGUUUAAACUCUAAAAUUCUUUCAAAGUCUAAUGGAUUAGUGAAACAACCGGUGAGAUGUCUGAAUGUACAUGAACACAUCUCAUACAGCUUGCUCAAUGAAGCCGGUAUUCCGACUCCCAAAUUUGGAGUUGCCAAGACUCCAGAUGAAGCUGCUACUCUUGCUGCUGAUCUCAAGACCAAGGACAUUGUCCUGAAGGCCCAGGUUUUGGCUGGUGGCCGUGGAAAGGAAGAAGCUAAAUCUCUAGCAGCGCAGAUGUUAGGAAAAUUAUUAAUCACCAAGCAAACUGGUGAGGGUGGUAGAAUAUGUAAUGCUGUAAUGGUAACACAGCGGAUGUUUCCUCGAAAAGAAUACUACUUAGCAGUUAUGAUGGAGCGAGCCUUUGGAGGUCCAGUAAUAAUUGCCUCAAGUCAAGGAGGUGUAAACAUUGAGGAAGUAGCCGCUACCAACCCAGACGCCAUUAUGUACGAACCAAUCGACAUCAACAAAGGCAUUACUAAAGAACAAGCGAGCCGCAUCGCUGAAAAACUUGGUCUGGGCAACGUUAAGGAUUACAUCUCAAACAUCAUCUUGAACCUUUACGCCAUGUUCCUGAAGAAAGACGCACUUUUGCUUGAGGUCAACCCUCUUGCCGAAGACAUCCAAGGCAACUACUUUGCACUUGAUUGCAAGUGCCGAUUUGACGACAAUGCCGAGUUCCGGCAAAAAGACCUCUUUGCCCUCCGGGAUUGGACUCAAGAAGACCCCAAGGAGGUCGAGGCCGCUAAGUUCGAGCUGAAUUACAUCGCGCUUGAUGGAAAUAUUGGAUGCAUGGUCAACGGUGCAGGUUUAGCCAUGGCUACCAUGGAUAUUAUCAAGCUUCAUGGUGGAGAACCCGCUAACUUUUUGGAUGUCGGUGGUGGUGCUACUGCUUCUGCUGUCAAAGAAGCCUUCAAAAUUAUUACAUCCGAUCCCAAGGUUUAUGCCUUGUUGGUCAACAUCUUCGGAGGUAUCAUGAGAUGUGAUGUAAUCGCAGAAGCCAAAGCUUUGAUUGCUAACGCUGGAUUGAAAAUCGUACCAGUAGAUGAUCUUGAUGAAGCAGCUCGCAUUGCUGUAAAAUUGUCGACAAUUGUAAAAUUAGCUCACUCAGCAAACCUCAGCGUUAACUUUGAAAUUCCUCAAAUUUCAUAA